UAACUUUCAAAGAAAUUUUUCCUCAUACUUGUUAAUGUUUCAGUCCAUUUAAAAGAUAUUGAUGUGUUCAACAUGUGCAAUAUUUACUAAAGUCAUGCCAAGCAAUUUGUUUGUACUACUACUAAUAAACGUUUUCCUAUCGUUUUCCCACAAAACAUAUUUGCUCAAGUAAGUUCUGCUUAUUAUGCAAAUUACCAGCGAAAGAACAUAAACAAGAAAGAUGGCUGCAACGAUAAACGUGAUCAGAAAUAAAACAAGCUGUAAACAUUGCCUUCAAUUUGCUACAACAUGCUAUAAAGAUUUGUUUUCCUUGAACCUAAAGAAGACACUUUAUCUAAAUUCUGCAGCGCGGAAUUUUUCAUUGCGACUUCAAAAGACUUCUUUAAUAAAUAACCAGGUUAAAAUUAAGGAAAAGAAAAUAUUAGAAUGCAAUAUUGUUUGUUUUCAAAAAAAGUUUUCAACAAAAUCAUCAAAUUUGGAAGAAGAUUUGGAAGAUAUAAGACAUCUUUUACACACUAAACUUUCCAGUGAUGAAAGAAUCUCAAGUUCUCAACUUGAAAAUCAUAUGAACAUCUUGGAUGUGCUUCUACGAAAUAGGCUGGAGCCAGUACCAGAAGAAAAAUUAAACAAUGUUACAUCUGAAAUAUCGCCUUCUGAUAUGUAUUCUCUAGCCAGUAGAAUUCUGUUACUUCAACGCACAGUUGGAGAGGAGGCCAGUAUGGUUGCUACACCGUUAUUCAAGAUGGCUGCAUUAGGUGGUGACAAGAAUGCAAAAUACUCCUAUGGACAGCUUUUAUUUCGAGGUGCAGGAGGGUUGGAAGCUGAUCCAAUAAAGGCUGGUACUAUGUUUAGUGAACUUGCUGAAGAAGGCCAUGGAUAUGCACAAUAUGCACUUGCUGGGAUGUACUAUACUGGGUAUGGAGUUGAACAAAGUUUUGAGACAUCCUAUACCUUGUAUCAGGUGUCAGCUGAGAACGGAAUUGUUCAGAGCUAUAAUAACAUAGGUAAAAUGUAUUUACAUGGAAAUGGUAUUGAAAAGGAUGAAAAAAAAGCAUUGGAAUAUUUUGAAAAGGGAGCGGAAGCAGGUGAUGCACAAGCAUGCAUGUCUGUUGCACAUUGCUACUCCAAUGGAAAGGGUAUUGAAGUGAAUUAUGAUCAAGCUUUCACUUACCACAAUAAAGCUGCUGAGCAGGGUUACCCUCCUGGUAUUUACAACAUUGGCACACAUUAUUUUUCUGGUAAAGGAGUUGGUUUAGACAUGAAGAAGGCUGCUGAAUGUUUUCAACAGGCUGCAGAUAUGGGCUUUACUUUAGCUGAGGUGAACCUAGGCAACAUGUAUUACCACGGCUUAGGAGUCGAAAAGAACUUAGCAAAAGCGAAAGAACUCUACCAACGAGCGGCUCCAAACAAUCAUAAUGCACGGUUACUUCUGGAAGAGUUAGAAUUGGAAGAAGCAAAGAAAAAGGGCGAAAAUUGACAGGGAAUGGCAGGAUAAGUGACUUGAGACCUGCUAGAAAUUUUUAUUUCAAGGAUUGUAUUUACUGAUUGAUUGAAACUGUGACGUCAUAACAUUAAUGAACGAAUACUAUGCACUUUUUUUUUGAAAAAAAUAUCGGAUAUUUUAUAA